UUUAGCUAAAGUAGUUUGCUCUUUUCCUCUCUGGCUAUGAAGAGGAUGAGACCAGAAAUCUAAACAGGUAUCUGGAUCCUGUAGAAUUCCUGAGAAGCUCCAAACCUGACCUAGCUCCCCUCUGAGCCCUGAACCAAACUUCCUGACCUCUUCAGCACUCUGAUGUCUCGACAGACCACUAUGAAGUUCUGUGUUGUGCUUUGCUUGGCAUUACUCUGGGUGGAGCUCCAAAAUGGGGACUGCCAACAAGUCAAAAGGAGGAAAGAUGUGGGAGAGAACCGCAUCAGGCCAGGGGGAAAACGGGUGAAGAUGCGACACCCCAAACUGAAAGAUGUGGGAGUGAAAGGUCAGUCCCUGUUGACCCAGGUUUUAGAUAAGGGACGCUUCCUGCGCCUUGGCCAGACCACGACUCUUACUCUUGGGAGGAAUAUGGAGCUGCGCUGCAAAGGAAACUCUAUUGGAUGGUCAUACCCGACUUAUCUGGACACCUUUAAUGACUCACGUCUCAGCAUAAAGCAAAGUGACAAAUACAGUCAGCUGAUCCUGACGUCGCCCUCUGCCGCUGACACGGGGCCAUACAGCUGCUGGGUGGUGGUAUGUGAUGGCACAGAGUGUGAGAAAGACCACGAUCGUACACAUGUCUCAUACAUCUAUUUCACAGACAAAGACAACCUGUUUGUCCCCUCUGCCAUCCACUUUGAGAUUGUGUACUUGCGCCCGGAUAGACCUGCUGUGGUGCCCUGUCGUGUGACUGAUCCGCAGGCCAAGGUGUCACUGCACAGAGAAGUUCCUCCAGAAGAGAUCUCAUCAAAUGGGACACUGGUUACUUAUGACCCCACCAAGGGGUUCAUCCUUCAGAGCCCCAGCCUGGAGCAUCAGGGGGUCUUUUACUGCAAGGCUGUGACCAGGGGUACUCCUCAGAUCUCCACAAAGUACCAGCUGCUCUAUGUAGAAGUACCCAGUGGACCCCCAUAUGUGAACCUGGAAGCCUUUCCAGAGUCUGCAAGAGGAGGUGACAACAUCAAUGUAACAUGCACUGUGCUGGGGGAGCCAGAGGUAGAUGUAAGCUUCAACUGGUAUUAUCCUGGACAGGGCCAUCGACCUGUUCAUGUCCAGACUUCAUGGAGGCUGGUUAACAGAGGUAUGAGCCACACCACAAGGGUCUCCCAGAGCAUCUUGACUGUAGAGGACAUGGAGACCAUUGACUUUGGAAACUAUAUCUGUAGAGCCAAGAACCAGCAUGGUGAGACGACCGUAUCAACCAACAUCAUCUCAAAAUAACUCCAGCAAGAUAGCCAAUGUUAUGCUUGAUGAGUUUGAUGUUAUAAUGAGUGUAACCUUAAGGCAUCAAAAUGUAUAUAUCGAAAGAAAAGUGUAUUGUAAGGCUUCAGAUCUUGAUACAAUAAAGUUUGCUACAUGUA